AUGACUACGAUACUCAAUAUAUCUCUGUCAUUAUCUGGGACCAGUCACUUUGCCUCACUGCCUUGCUUAGUCACUCCGCCUCUGCCACUUUGUGACAGAUAUCAAAAACUGCUGUUCACCCUCGAACUUCGCAAGGAGCAUCAUAUGACAUGUAUUGUUCUGCCUCUUCUAGGUCUCACAUUCCAUGAUUCGGUCUUUGCUCAUUUCCACUCUAUUGAGAGUCUCCUUUGCCCUGAAAAACCACCUAUCACGCGAGUCAAGAUUUUUCUUCAAAAUGAAGUGCUAACUCUUCCUGUAUUGCGAAAGGAGGAAAAGGGAGGAGGUGGCAAGAUAUCGAAGACUGAGGCAUUCCCCUAUGAUGGAUUACUUCAUUGUCUGAAGUCACUUUCUAUUGCUGCAGGAUUCCUAGAACCCAUUACUCCAUAUGACUUCUGUGUGUCUCAGGGAAACAAGGCAGAUGUAGAUCUUGGGGAAAUGGCGAGAAAGACGUUAAUGUUGCAUGACCCAAACUCCAAAAAUAAAUACAAGUCAAAAACCAUGACCGCUGACCUAUCCGCUGUUACUAAUUGUAGAAGCCAGGAUGAAAACAGAAUAACACUCUUUUGUACAGCUGUCGCUGCCUUGUCAGGUCGAGAUUCUAACGCACCUCAACAUCUGUCUUUGGAGGAGAGGGCGAAACUAUUGAAUGAGCCGGAACUUGUCAAGCUACAAAACGAAAAGGAUGAGAUAUGA